AUGUGUAUUAGCGUGGCAUAUUCCCAUCAUAUACGCACAAAAGUGCUAUGGAGACUCAACGACGGGAACUACAUGCCAGGAAUAGGUUUCGGUACUUGGCUCGGAUCAGAGAAACAAGUACCAGGAGAUACGAAAAUUCCUGACUUAGUGAAAGUUACUAGUGACUCAAUGGAAAAAGCCGUGGAAUCUGCAAUAGACGAAGGGUACAGACUCAUCGACACCGCCUCCAUAUACUUCACUGAGGAACAGGUAGGGCGCGCGAUCCAAAAGAAGUUAAAAGAAGGCUUCGUGAAAAGAGAAGACCUGUUCAUUACUACUAAGCUGUGGAAUGACAAGCAUGCAGCUGAAGAUGUAAUCCCGGCCCUGCGCGAUUCACUCGAGAGACUUAAACUAGACUAUGUUGAUCUUUAUCUUAUUCAUUGGCCUAUAUCUAUGUUUGAAAAUUUCACUUUGUCCGAUGUUGAUUAUCUCGAUACUUGGAAGGCAUUGAUAGAAGCUAAGAACCUUGGUCUUGUUAAAUCUAUUGGAGUUGCUAAUUUCAACCAACCUCAGCUCGAGCGCCUCAUCAGGCAUAGUGAAGUGAAACCUUCUGUGUUGCAAGUUGAGGUCAACUUAAACAGUCAGCAGAAUUGUCUCAGAGAAUUCGCCAAGAAACAUGACAUCAUAGUGAUGGGAUACACUCCUUUCGGCUCUCUCUUUCCCUCCAAGGCCACGUGUCUUUCUCCACCACCGAGGAUUGAUGAUCCUAAAAUGGUUGAUCUUGCCAACAAAUAUAGAGUGACAGUUCCUCAAAUCACCCUUAGGUAUUUGCAUGAACUUGGCGUUGUGCCGAUACCAAAGGCCGAAAAAAUAGAGCAUAUUCGAGAAAACUUCAACAUUUUUGAAUUCAAGUUGAAAGACGAAGAUAAGGAGUUCCUGAAGGACUAUGACAGAAACUACAAAACUCUUAACAUUGCUUUCUGGAAAGAGUCACCUUAUUUCCCGUAC